AUGAUAUCGGCUCCAACCGUACCCAAGGGUUGGAAUGCCUUGAUGAGAAGGAACUUCAUCUACCGCAAACGUAAUUGGGUUUCCACAAUUGCCGAGUUGGCUCUUCCAGUUCUGUUUUGUUUCGUUUUGGUCUCGUUGAAGGAAACUGCCGAAAAGAGUGAACAUUUUAAGCCAAGAGAGAUUCCGGCGCAUUUCCCCUCAGACAUUCAAGCCAUUCAAAUUCUAUCAUUUACCGAUUAUAUCACCGCCUUACAAGCCAAACGGAUUUGUCUAGCGAAGAACAGAAACACCACAGUGCCAAACAAUAAUGAUGACGUGAAAACGAAACGAAACCAUUCCAACUUUGUCAUUAGUGGCAUGCUUGAUCAUGGUCGAAACUGGCAGGUGCCAUUCAUUCAAUGUGAUUCUCGCCAUUGCAAACAUCACGGAGAAGAGGCGUACCGGUAUUGUCACUAUCCCAAGCUGGGACUCGCGGCUAGCACGCCCACGGACCUAGGAGGGAUGCAACGCGCUCGAGACUUUCAGACUUACGUCUACAAGAGGUACCCACAACUGCACAACACAAGUCUUCCAGCCCUGAAGAGCAGCGGCAACUUCACUCGCUUCUUUGAGAGUAGCCAAGCAUUGGAUGACUACAUUCAGCAUCCGGGCUAUGGCAUUGGAGUCGAAAGAGCGAAGCUCGCCAUGGCGAUUGUCUUUACUGGCAACGACACUACCAACUACGAUUAUGCUAUUCGAGUUAAUUCCACAAACAACAAUGCACCCGAAUACAGUGGUAAAGGAAGCAACACGUGGCGUACCACACCCGAUACCAAUCGCAUGUUUGCAAGCCUUGCGAAGCGUGAAACACAAGCCUGUCGGUUCUUGGGUCAACCCCAAGGCCCACUGGAAUAUUCAUGCACUGGGCAGUACAUUCUCAAUGGACUCCUCACCACGCAGCGGUUCGUACAGGAUUGGAUUAUGGUAGACACUGGAGCACAUGACGCGGGCCUCUUCGUUGCGGAACACGGGGUCAAGUUUGCGCCCUUUCCAUCCAAGGCUUACCAAGAGCAAGGCUUUUACACUGUUUUAAAUGGAUUCUUGGCACUGUUCCUGACCCUAGGCUUUCUGUACCCAGUCGCAAGUAUUAUUUCUUACAUUGCCACAGAAAGAGAGACGGGGCAGAAGGAGUUUCUGAAAAUGAUGAGUGUCAAAGAGUGGGAGAUUGGCACUAGCUGGUUUUGCACUUUUCUUUUGCUUCAUAUGGUGACGGCGAAACUUCUGACUAGGAUUUCAAGACCUCUCUUUGCCUAUUCGGAUCCCAUGCUGCUAUGGACCUUUUGGCAAUCAGCACUGGUUUCGUUUGUUGCCUUUGCUUGUUUUGUACCCUCACUUGUAGUGGCCAAAACGAAUAGUGCAUCCAGAACUGUCCUAGUUGGAUUACUCUUGUUCCUCUCGGGUUACUUCUUGUCACAGUCCAUAGAUCUGGAGGAUGGUGAUCCGUUCUGGAUGAAAGUUCUCUGUCUUCAUCCAGGUGCUGCGUUUGCAUACGGGGUGCAAACACUUGGAAGAUUAGAGGACGCUGGUAUCGGGACUAAUUGGAACUCUAUUGACUCGAGCGACAGUCCCUCAGGAUUCACUGUUUUCGUGUCAUUGCAAUUUCUAUGGCUUGAUUGCCUUCUUUACACAUUACUUUCGUGGUACUUCAAUCGAGUUUUUCCUGGCACAGAGCAUGGAAAUGCGUUGCCGUACAGCUUUCCUCUACGACCUGCCUAUUGGUUUCGGUGUUUUCAAACGCAACAACUCACUAACCAAGCCCCCUUUGAAUACACUCCCGCAAAUAAUGAUGAAGAGUCUGAGAUACCCAUGGAACCAGUGUCAGAAUCGUUGCGACAGCAGUCGCAAAUGGGUAGCAGCGUUGAAUUGCACAAUCUGCGAAAAGUGUUCCCCAACUGCCUUGGCAAUAACAGUGUCACUGCAGUGGACGGGCUCAAUCUAUCCUUGUAUCAAGGGCAGGUUACGGCGUUGUUGGGACACAAUGGGAGUGGCAAGAGUACAACGAUAAAGAUGCUGACGGGUGCAAUUGUUCCAACCGAUGGUUUCCAUGUUGUUGCUGGAAAACGCAGCACCACGCAGAUGGAAGGUAUUAGAGAGACGUUGGGUAUUUGCCUGCAGAACAACGAUGCACUAUUCCCAAAGCUGACAGUUCAGGAACAUCUUUGCUUCUACAGUCGAUUGAAAGGUGUGUCCUCCAAAACGGAAGAAGUCGACCGAGCAUUGAAAGAUGUCGGUCUGGACGAAAAGCGUCAUACUCUAUCAAUGCACCUCAGCGGAGGCAUGAAACGAAAACUAUGCGUGGGCAUCGCAUUCUGUGGAGACAGCCGUCUGGUUGUUCUCGACGAACCAACCAGUGGAAUGGAUCCAUCUUCACGUCGAUUCACCUGGAAUCUGAUCCAACGAUAUCGACCAGGCAAGAUCAUUCUCCUCACCACACACUUUCUCGAUGAAGCUGAUCUUCUUGCCGACAAAAUCGCGAUCUUGGCUGAUGGGCGCCUACAGUGUGUAGGCAGUCCGCUGUGGUUGAAACGUCAAUAUGAUGUCGGAUACAGACUGACCAUUGCAAAAGACGCUGGCAACUCGCCUCUCCUUGGAAAUGAUCAAAAAGUUCGGGACGAUAAGUUGAUCGAAAUGGUUCAUCGUGUCGUCACGGGAUCACGGACUCUUUCGAUUUCAGAGAAGGAACUGACAUUCCACCUGCCACUGUCGAGUACUGGUUCUUUUGGUACGAUGUUCCGUUACCUUGACACCGAAGUCAACCAAGGAGUUCUGGUGUCAUAUGGAAUUGGAAUGACAACUCUGGACGAGGUCUUUCGAGAGGUUGCGCGAGGUACGAAAAUGAGGUGCUCAGAAGACGACGAAGAUGCUCCUUCAGGUCCAAACAGAAAAGAGAAUUGGUUUCCCACAAGCCUGCAAGCGAGCAGCACCAUCUCCCCAAAGGGCAACAACACACGAUCUCAUACUUUCUGGAGACACCUAUAUGCGCUUCUUUGCAAACGCCUCAUCAACUUCCGACGAGACAAAAAAGCGUGGUUCGCCACCACGAUUCUACCUGGCCUCUUUGUCCUGUUUGGUUUCCUGGUACUCAAGUAUGGCGACACUCAGAAGGCGCUGGGACCUCUACGAUUAGACUUGACUUCCUACAACCAAGAAGAUCAGCUGAUAACGCCGAUCGGGACACAAAACCCUGUACCAUUCAAUAGCCCCGGACGGGAUUUUAGGUGCCAGCCUGGAUGGUGCUCAUAUCAAUAUCCGAUCAGCAAAGUAAAGGAGACCGAUGAAAUGUACUUCUUCUGCGGGGGUCAAUCAUAUCUCCUGUCUUCUCCAAAUUGUUCCAUAGACGUGUCGAGCACGAUCAUGGGCAGGUUGAACAAUUCGGAGAUCACUCCCAUUGGCAGCAACGUUGGAAACAUAAACGAGUCAUCACACAGUAUCCUCCGUAGUGCACCCGGAUUCAAAGACUCCCAGUACGGUGCUAUCUGGUUUACGCACCAGGCGAACUCUACGCUCGACGGUGGAGGUGGCUCGUACGGAGAGAAAGCCGCUGGCCGUUGUCAUGCCAUGACAAGAGAGUACAUGAUGGACACUGAAUGCGAUCUUUACAAAGGUUUGGGAUAUGUCAUCAGUUACAACUUCACGGCUAUUCAUGUGGCGCCACUUUUUCAGAAGCUGGCUGACGAGGCGAUCAUACGCGAAGCCAUCAACAAUGACGAGCUUCGUAUAUCGCCCACCAUUCACCCGCUCCCCAAAACCCAGUUGGAGAGUCGCUUCAGAAAGGAAGAUGACGUUUUCAGUUUGUGGUUUAUGGUUGUAUUGAGCUUCCCGAUUAUUGCAGGCUACAUGGCCAACUUUGUGCUUCUCGAAAGGGAAUCAAAAGUGAAACAUCUCCAAACCCUUGCAGGCGUGGAGCCAGCCACGUAUUGGUUAUCCUCGAUACUUUGGGAUACAAUGAAUUAUCAACUUCCUCUGUGGUUUACAGUCUCAUUGAUGCAUGUGUUCGACGUUGAGGUUUUCACAACUCUAGAGCGAGACACACGGGGAGGAGUGAUCUCGCUCCUUUUCUUGUUUGGACCUGCUGCGGCCUCCUUUGCGUACUGUGUAUCUUUCUUGUUCACAUCGGCAAGUCUUUGCAACAUGUUCAUUAUUACCACUGGUUUUAUCACCGGCUUAGGAGGGCCCAUUGCAACGUAUACUCUCCGUCUACUCGGUUCCGAUCCCGACGACCCGUGGGAGAAACUGAUCAAAAUCGCACGAGCUUUGGAGUGGACUUUGAGAUGCACCCCUUCCUUUUGCCUUGGAAAGGGCUUGUUUUAUACCAUCAAUAUAGGCACCUUUCAGAUGCAAAGAGCGGACGCCAUAACGGUAUGGGAUGGGUCGAUUCUGUUCUAUGAAGUCAUUGCCCUAGUGCUCCAAAGCUUUGUGUAUCUGCUUCUAGCAAUAUGUCUCGACCGAGCGCAAAGAAGUCAAAAUUUGAGUCUGUACUGCGGGCAAUUUUGGUCGUUUUUGACAUGCAAUGUCCGAAGAAGGUAUGAAGCAUGCUCUACUUCAGACGAUACAGUUGAAGACAGCGAUGCCCUGGAAGAAGAAGAUCGUGUUCUAUCGGAUAGAACGGCCGAAGAUUCUAUGGUCUUACGUCGGCUGUCAAAAGUGUAUGGAAACGGAAAGGUUGCAGUCGACAAUAUGUCCCUUGGAAUCCUACCUGGCCAGGUCUUUGGGCUGCUCGGAGUCAACGGUGCGGGCAAAACAACUACCAUGUGUAUGCUAAGUGCAGAGUUUGCACCAACGAGUGGCGAUAUCCUUCUGGCUGGACAAACGGUGACGUCUGACAUACGCCAGCUGCGAAGCAAAUUGGGUUACUGUGCUCAGUUCGACGCCCUAUGUGAGAACCUGACGGGCCGCGAACAUGUGGAAUUGUAUGCCGCGUUGAAAUGCAUGGACUCCUCCAUCAUCAAGGAUGCAGCCGACAAAAUGUUGUCCGAGGUUGGCUUCAGCGACUUUGACAAAGAUAGAUUGAGCCGCUACUACAGUGGAGGAAUGCAACGAAAGCUAAGUAUCGCAAUUGCAAUGAUUGGCGACCCGAUAGUGGUACUUCUCGAUGAGCCGACCACUGGAGUUUGCCCCGUUUCAAGACAAGCGAUCUGGAGGAUCAUUUCGAACUUGGCAUCGAAAACUUCGGUUGUGCUGACUACGCAUAGUAUGGACGAAUGCGAAGCUUUGUGCUCUCGUAUCGGGAUCAUGUCAAAUGGUAGACUCGUGUGCCUCGGGUCAGCUCAUCAUCUCAAAUCAAAGUUUGGCAGUGGAUUGUAUCAGCUGGAAAUGAAAGUCCAUUCUGUGGAGGAAUCCGAUUCAGAUUUUGCUUCGAUCUAUGACAAAUUGUCCUUGAUCAAGGAGGCCUCGAAUGUCGACAUUGAAGCAGUGCAAUUGAGAGAUGGCAAUGGGAUCUUUUUUGAUCUUCAGGAAGCCUACGAAGCACUUGACGCUAUCACGAUGGACGGCCACUUGUCUAUGAGAUUGGCGCCUGACAACUCGGAAACUUCGGCCGUUUACAAUGAAGCGCGCUCUCUCGCCGGUGUCAGUCUGUGGUCUUUGGCGUCGUUCGCAGCAACUGAACUGCGUAUUCGCCAGAUCCACCAGUUUAUGUGCAAUUCCUUCCAGGGUGCGGCUCAACGAGAACGCCAAGACUUGAAGCUCAGGUAUGAGAUCCGAGCGAGCAUCCCUUUAGCUGACUUGUUCUCAACGAUCGAGGAGCAUAAGGAGACUUUGUGCCUUUCGGAGUACGGAGUAAGCCAGACAUCCCUUGAACAGGUGUUCAACAUGAUUGCUCGCGAUCAACAGCACUGCCAAUAG